AUGGUGCAUGUAAUUAAUCGUGCAGCUGAAGCACCAGAUGUAAGCGAUUCGGAAGUGAGUUCACUAUGUGGGAGUGAGUUGGAGAUAGAGAUGGCUUGGGGAGAAGGUCCUAUUGCACCACUUCGUACUGAGACGACCGUGGAUAAUGACGCUGCAAAGAAGAGCAUGAUAACAGGCAUGAAACCCUCGAGUGACGGCUCUAGUCGUGCACGGACGCCGCAGAAACGAGGCAGUGAAUCGCCACUGUCUCGCAGCAAACGACUGAUUAAUAUUCAUCCGAUUCGAUCGGCCAGAUAUUUGUCGAAACCCAAUGAAUUGCCACUGGGCACGCGCAAGCAACAGCGUUGGUAUAACGAUCAUCACUUUGGUAAUCGUGCAGCGUCUACAAGACUGGAGGAUUUGAUGGAGCACAUGGAAAUUAAUGUGGAGUGGAGAUCGAACUUUCAGAAGCUGGCCGAACCGCAGAAUGAAGACUUGCAGACGGAGUUUCGCCAAGGAGGAGGUGUACGUGAGAACAACCUUGUUCAUGCACCACGUAAUCGACGUAAAGAUGAAUGGAAUGAUGCCGAGCUAUUGUUUACUCGUGUCGAUCGGCGUGCGCGGACAUUGAUGCUACGAUCAUUCAACUCAUUUGCACCGUUUAUUGAAGCCGUUGAGUAUGUGAUUUUGCACUUUAUCCAGUGGCAAGAGGUUCCCUCGGAGCUGGAAGUAGCAGCACCGUUGUUUCGUGUGCUGAAACACCCGAUUGAGCUGAUGAAAGCAAGCGAGAAAGACGUGCGGCUGAUACUGCCGCUAUUGGACUCGGCUUUCCAUCGUCUGAUCAUCCACAGUGUCUGCCAGUUUUAUGGCAUACGGUCACGAACUGAAGCCAAUCGUCGCUUGAACACUAAAAUCAUGGUGCUCAAGAGUCCAAAGAUAAAAAACUUGGCCGAUGAUGUGGUCCAUUAUUCGCUGUGUGAGUUCAUUUGCGAAACGCGCAUUGGCCGACGUGAAGCCGUUACAACUUCACCCGGGAAUCUCACGGACAAUAGCCACGCACUGGAGCUGCAAUCCAAGAGCAGCGAGUGCAGCGAAGGCUUUUGCUUGGUAGAUGCCCCGCAGACCUAA